CCAGACCUCUCCCCGCUCAUUCACCCACCACUUCCGCUCUCGCUUGCAGACCAUGACCGACACAGCCCCUGUACCCGGCCGACUCUACGCUAUGAGGCUGUCUUCUGACGCCGUAGAAACCGUAGUCACUCCAGCACAGUCUCCAUCCACCAGCGUUCCCGGCAGCCCCACGCUGUCGAUCCAUCCGGUCCCGAGCAUUCCGCGGCCUGCGGCAUGGACCGUGAUGUUCCACACGGGCGGCCCCAACGCAACCGUCUUGCUGAUCACAUCCUUUCAUAACCGUCCAUACGACCAUCCCGACGUUCUGAAACGCACGCAUCUUUCGCAGGCCCAACUAGCAGACCUGCUCAUACCCGUCAACAGAGAGAGCCACCAUUCGACCCGACGCUCCAUCAAAAUACAAGGACUGGAGGAGCGCGGUGGUGGCUACUUGGUCAUCGAACCCGUCCGCGUUGCGGUUCAAGAUGUUUACCGUCAGUGGACGCAAACCCCAAUCGACGUAGACAGGAAGGACAUGGAAUAUAUCUUGGACGUCCGAGCCGCUCGGGAGCGGGCCUUGUUCUUGGGGCCCCCACCGAGGCCCGAGAGUUCCCAGGCUGACGUGGCGCUCAAGCGGGAGCGACCCGAAAGCAAAGAUUCCGCUUCGAGCCAGCGCGGCCCGCCAACAAAAAGAGUGGCCCCUGACUCUGCGGCCGAGCGGCAGAGGGACGGGGGAUCAGAAGGAAACGGGACGGGGACGGGGACAGAGCCGGGGACAGGGACAGGGACGCAGCACUGUGGGGGAAACGACGUCCCUUGGGACGAGGACAGUGGGUGGCCGAGUGACGACGAGGAGGAAGUCGUUCCCUUGGCGGCUCUCGAGGUGGACCUUUUUGAGCAACUCCCCGAGGAAGAAGGGGAAUUUGCCGACAACUGGCCGGUCGACAUGAUGGGAGGAUUGGGAAAGAUGAUGGUGGCCCUGUAAACAGCCAACGCGUUGUCACACAAGCCAACCAAUCCGCUCUUCUCCGCCCGCGUAGUUGCCUUCUUCUUCACCAGGCUGAAAUUCCACGUCUCGUGUCAACGUCGAGCCUGUGGUUUCGUCGGCUUGGGCUUCGAGACCUGUGACGCGGAUGGUGGCCGGGCCGAUGGUCGCUUCUCCUCGACGCUGUUCUUCAGGCUUGUCCAACGUCUUCCUUCUCGUUCGAGUGUCGAUAGGUACAGUCACCUCGCAAAACGCUGUGCCCCCCCCCCCCUCUAAUUGAAAUCAAUAUUGGUCACUGACGUGAAUUUGGCGUCGCGGUAGUCGCUGAUAU